UUGCAGUCGUGCCCCGUGGUGUUUGCGUAGCAUGGCAGUAACUUUUCGUUUUUUGUGGCAUUUUAGUUAAUUUUCACUGGUGAAGUUACGAAAACUGUAUCCCUUGUAGGACAGAAGCCAUGGAUAGAUAUUAGUUGGCGGUAACAGUGAUUAACUGAUCUAUUUUCGGAAAAAGAGCGAAACUUUCUUUGUUUCCGGAGUACGGAGGAUUUUUGUUUUUUCUCUUUUGAAUGAACUAUCGAGCCGAGUGUGUUCUUCGUGUUGUUUUUGUUCAUUCGACGUACACAAACUAUCGGAUCGGUGUUUUUUAAGGGCAGUAGAGGCUCUGAACCUCCUCUUUUCUACUAGUUUGUUAAUCAUUCGUGGCUGAGCUGUUCAAGUGCAUAAACCUACGCAAAGCAGUGUACGCGAUACUUUUGGUGUCGGAAUAACAUUCGAUUUCGCUGAGGGGUUGUGUUAGGAAAAGCCGGAUGAGUUUCAGUAGCAUUAGCUUGCCGGGUCUGGGCGAGAUGGAGCAGAUCAUCUGCAGCCUGGAACGUGGCACGUUGAUCCAAAAGUUCUACCCGCGGCGGAAACCGGAAAAGAAAACGUUGAUGCUCCGUAGAGAAACACGGCAGGUAACGUGGUCUUCGCCUUCGCAGAAUAACCGGGCAAAUUUCGAAGGGGCCUUGGAACUACGAGAAGUGAAGGAAGUUCGUCUUGGAAAAAGCUCAAAAGAUUUCGAGAAAUGGCCCGAAGAAACGAAGAAGAUUGAACUCCGCAAAUGUUUUGUAGUGUUUUACGGCAGCGAGUUUAAACUGCGUUCACUUUCCGUUGUCGCUCUCUCCGAAAAAGAAUGUGACAUGUGGAUGAAAGGUCUUAAGUACAUGGUCACUGACACAAUCAGUGCCCCGUACUGGCUUCAGGUCGAAAGGUGGCUUCGGAAAGAGUUCUAUGCUAUGGAAAAUCCACGAGAAACAGUGGCUCUGAAGGAAGUCAAAUCAUUCCUGCCAAAAGUCAACUGUAAGAUAACGACAGCCAAACUAAACGAGAUCUUCCAUGAAGUAGACUUCAGACGACGGAACGAGCUUGGGUUUGAUGAUUUUACCAGGCUCUACCAGAAACUCAUGACAUCUUCCAACACCAUACAAGACUAUUUUGAUGGUUCAAUGCCCUACUCCAAAAACGGGCAAACUGUGACUUUGCAAGAGUUUCAAAAGUUUCUCAUCGAUGUUCAAAACGAUCCACUCGGACACGACGAUAAGACGGCUUCAAAUUUCAUUCGGGAAUACGUACAGGAUCCGAUUCGAGACGUACAAGAACCUUAUCUGAAGAUUCAAGAGUUCAUCGAUUUUCUGUUUUCACGGCAAAAUGAAGUCUGGAACACCGAUUGCGAUACGGUUUACCAGGACAUGAACCGACCUCUUGCUCACUAUUGGAUAUCAUCGUCACACAAUACAUAUCUUACUGGUGAUCAAUUCUCUAGCGAGUCCUCCGUCGAAGCGUACGCCCGCGCAUUGCGGAUGGGCUGUCGGUGCAUUGAACUGGACUGCUGGGAUGGUCCUGACAACAUGCCACUGAUCUUCCAUGGACACACGUUCACAACGAAAAUUAAAUUUAAAGAUGUUAUUAAAAUAAUCAAGGAACACGCGUUCGUUACGUCCGAAUAUCCGGUAAUACUGUCAAUUGAACAAAAUUGCUCACUAGCUCAACAAAGAAAAAUGGCCUAUGCGAUGCAGGAAGUGUUUGGUGAUAUGCUGCUUACUAACCAAGUAGAGAAAAAUGAACUUCAACUUCCUUCGCCGCAACAGUUGAAAAGGAAAAUAAUAUUAAAACACAAGAAACUACCUGAGAAUGGAGGAAAACAAGAGGACGGUGCAGUACCGAACGAUGGUGCACUGGUACGAGCCGAUGAGACUGAGUUGGAUAUUAGGAAUACUGUCAAAAAUGGGAUACUAUUCCUGGAGGACCCGGUUGAUAAGGUUUGGAAUCCACACUUUUUUGUUCUGACUCAACACAAACUGUUUUAUACGGAUAGUCAAAAAACGGAGCGGGAAGAUGUGCGUGAUGACGAAUUUGAGAGUAGCUUUUCAAGACCGAAGGAGAGCGUAACGAAUGAUGAGUUACAUUUCGGAGAGAAUUGGUUUCACGGAAAACUGUCCGGUGGCCGGGAGGAAGCUGAAAGUCUCUUACGCCAAUACGCUCAUCUUGGUGAUGGAACAUUCCUCGUACGCGAGAGUGUCACAUUUGUCGGCGACUAUUGUUUAUCGUUUUGGCGUCAAGGAAAGCCUAAUCAUUGCAGAAUUAAACUUAAGCAAGAUAAAGGAGUAACGAAAUAUUACUUGAUGGAAAACAAUCUGUUUGACAGUUUAUACAGUUUAAUUAUUCAUUAUCGUCAGAACCCAUUGAGAAGCUCAGAAUUUUAUAUUACUUUGAAAGAACCAGUUCCACAGCCGAACAAGCAUGAAAGUAAAGAAUGGUACCACCAGAAUACAACCCGUGAGCAAUCGGAAAUUAUACUGCAUCAGCUGUUGAACGAUGGCGCAUUCCUAGUCAGACCCAGUGAUAAGGGACCGAAUGCAUUCGUAAUUUCAUUCAGAGCUCAUAAAAAAAUAAAACAUUGUCGAAUCAAAGUCGAAGGUCGGCUCUACGGAGUGGGCGGUAUGGAUUUCGAAAGUUUAAUAGAUCUCGUCAAUUUCUACAUGAAACAUCCUCUCUACAAAAAGGUUAAACUAACGCACCCAAUACCGAAAGAUAUGUUGAAACGCAUCAAUACGAUGAAUGGUCCUGAAGAUAACGGAGCUUACAGUUACAUGGAUCCUUCCUGCAUUAACGAGAAGGUUACCGUAAAAGCACUUUAUGAUUACAAAGCACAACGCGAUGACGAGCUCUCGUUUUGCAAACAUGCCAUUAUAACCAGCGUAAAGAAAAGUAAUGAACUUUGGUGGACUGGGGAUUAUGGUGGCAAAAAGCAGCACUAUUUCCCUGCUAACUACGUUCAAGAGAUUGGCACUUCUGAUGGGAAUAGCGAUGAUAGUGGAAGUGAUUCAUUAAUGUUGGGAAGUUUACAAAAAGGAUCUCUGGACGUUCACGGAGCUGUGGUCGAUUUGACAUACGGUCCACACCCGGAAUUGGAACGGAUACUACGGAUUCAGAAUCCGUCAAUGCAGAAUAUUUUUGAGGUGGGAGUGCAAACCAAAGAACAUGCUAUGGAGUGGAUGACGGCAAUCAAGGAAGCUGCUCAAAAUGCUAGCGUCUUGGAAGAUGAACGUAGAAAAAUGGAACGAAAUUCUCGCGUAGCGAAGGAGAUGUCCGACAUGAUUAUCUAUUGCCGAAGCGUUCCAUUCAAAAAUUGUGCUUGGGUGUUUUAUGAGAUGUCGAGCUUUCCAGAGACUAAAGCAGAAAAAUACUUCUUGCAGCAAGAGACAAGACUGUUUGUUCGGUAUCAUCGUAACCAAAUUAGUCGAGUGUAUCCUAAAGGCCAACGAUUGGAUUCGUCAAAUUACCACCCGGUGCCACUGUGGAAUACUGGAUCUCAGAUGAUUGCCCUGAACUAUCAGACACCCGAUAAACCAAUGCAACUUAAUCAAGCCAAAUUCAGGGACAACGGAUUAUGCGGGUACAUAUUGAAACCGGAAUUUAUGUUCCGAGAGGAAUUCGAUCCUAAUGAUCCGAACACAUUGAUUGGUGUGGAGGAAAAGGUGAUUAAUAUUAGAAUUAUUGGUGCAAGGCAUCUUUGCAAAGGCGGGCGAAACAUCACGAGCCCGUUGGUAGAAAUCGACCUACUAGGUGCUUCAUUCGACAGUGGAGUUAAACACCGUACCAGAGCAGUAGCUGACAAUGGAUUCAACCCAAUUUGGAAUGAAAUUUGUGAAUUCCGUGUCAUCAAUCCGUACUUUGCCAUGUUACGUUUCGAGGUUCAAGACGAAGACAUGUUCGGUGAGCCCAAUUUCAUUGGACAGGCAAUUUUCCCGGUGAACACCCUCCGAACGGGAUAUCGAAGUGUCCCCCUAAGAAAUAAGUACAGCGAGGAAUUGGAAUUGGCAACCCUUCUUGUUCACCUUAGUAUUCGUACGCAAGAACAGAAUGGAAACGAUAGGAGAAAUAUGUUAGGCUAGACUCGUAGUCAAUUAUUUGACAAGUUUCCCUGUCUUUUAAUAUGCAUAUAAGGUUAAAUGGUAAUUCGCUGGUAAUUAUGGAGACUUCAUACGGCAAGUAUUAUUUAUUGAGGAUAUAUUUCAAACGCAACGAAACCUGAACAAAACGAAAAGAGUAAAAGUGCCUAAUUAGUCUAACUGAAACAGUUUUAAAUUUAACAUAUAAU